AUGGAUGGAUGGAUGGAUAGCCGUGAAAUGGCCAAAAUUCAAGAGAAUAGAGAUAUAGCUUCUUCGGCUGCUGUUGCUGCUGCUGCGGCGAUAUCAAGAGGAACUGGAGCUGGAGCUGGAGCUGGAGUGGAAGGUGUGGAAGGAGCUGGAGUGGAAGGUCUAGGUCUAGGUCUAGGUUUAGCAGCUACUAUCGUUAGCUGCCUGCGGUUGGCUGGCUGGCGUGGAAACAAGCAGCAGCAUAUCGAGCCAUCAACGAGAGAUAUCAAAGAGGAGGAGGAGGUGGAUAGCGUUAUCGUUCGUAUCGUCUAA